UUGAGGCCCGCGGAGCAGCCGCCCGGCCGCCGGAACUGAGCGGCGGCGCUGCGGUUGCCGUCCGGACGGAGUAUCCGAAGCGCCCGCGUCCCGGAAACAUGGCGCGGUUCGGGAACAAGGCAGUUGUUGUGCUGUGUAUGGAUGUGGGCGCGUCAAUGAGUAACUCCUUUCCUGGAGAAGAAUCCCCAUUUGAACAAGCAAAGAAGGUGAUGACCAUGUUUGUCCAACGACAGGUAUUCUCUGAGAGCAAGGAUGAGAUUGCUUUAGUCCUGUUUGGUACAGACAACACUGACAAUGCCCUUGCUGGUGGGGACCAGUAUCAAAAUAUCACAGUACAUAGACACCUGAUGCUACCAGAUUUUGAUUUGCUGGAGGACAUUGAAAGCAAAAUCCAACUGGGUUCUCAACAAGCUGACUUCCUGGACGCACUGAUCGUGUGCAUGGAUCUGAUUCAGCGGGAAACUGUAGGAAAGAAGUUUGAGAAGAGGCACAUUGGAGUGUUCACUGACCUCAGCAGUCCCUUCAGCAAAGAUCAGCUGGAUAUAAUAAUUCAUAACUUGAAGAAAUCUGGCAUCUCCCUUCAGUUCUUCUUGCCCUUUCAAAUUGGGAAGAAUGAUGGAACUGGGGACAGAGGAGAUGGCAGCUUGCGCUCAGACCACUGUGGACCCUCCUUUUGGCAAAAAGGCAUGACUGAGCAGCAGAAAGAAGGCCUUCAGAUGGUGCAGAAGGUGAUGGUGUCUUUAGAAGGAGACGAUGGGCUCGGCGAGAUUUACUCCUUCAGUGAAAGUCUGCAACAACUGUGUGUUUUUAAGAAAAUGGAGAGGCGGUCCAUGCCUUGGCCCUGCCAACUGACCAUUGGCUCCAAUUUGUCUAUUAAGAUUGUAGCCUAUAAGUCGAUUGUACAGGAAAGAGUUAAAAAGAGUUGGACAGUUGUGGAUGCAAGAAGCCUAAAGAAAGAAGAUAUACAAAAAGAAACAGUUUAUUGCUUAAAUGAUGAUGAUGAAACCGAAGUUCCUAAAGAGGACACUAUCCAAGGGUUCCGCUAUGGAAGUGAUAUAGUUCCUUUUUCUAAAGUGGAUGAGGAGCAAAUGAAAUAUAAAUCGGAGGGGAAGUGCUUUUCUGUUUUGGGGUUUUGUAGAUCUUCUCAGGUCCAUAGAAGAUUCUUUAUGGGAAACCAAGUUCUAAAGGUCUUUGCAGCAAAAGAUGAUGAGGCAGCAGCAGUUGCACUUUCCUCCCUGAUUCAUGCUUUGGAGGAAUUGGACAUGGUGGCCAUUGUUCGGUAUGCUUAUGACAGGAGAAGUAAUCCUCAAGUUGGUGUGGCUUUUCCUCUUAUUAAGGAUACUUACGAGUGUUUAGUUUAUGUGCAGCUGCCUUUCAUGGAAGACUUGCGGCAAUACACGUUUUCCUCAUUGAAAAAUAAGAACUGCGCUCCCACAGAGGAACAGUUGAGUGCCAUGGAUGCUCUGAUUGACUCCAUGAGCUUGGUAAGGAGAGAUGAGGAGGAAGACACCAUUGAAGACUUGUUCCCAACCAGCAAAAUCCCAAAUCCUGAAUUCCAGAGAUUAUACCAGUGUCUGUUGCACAGAGCUUUACAUCCCCAGGAGCCUCUCCCCCCAAUUCAGCAACAUAUUUUGAAUAUGCUGGCUCCCCCCACUGAGGUGACAGCACAAUGUCACAUUCCUCUCUCUAAAAUAAAGAGCCUUUUCCCUCUGACGGAAGCCAUCAAGAGAAAGGAUCAUGUAACUGCUCGGGACAUUUUCCAAGACAAUCUUGAAGAGAGGACCCCUGCUAAAAACUACAAGACUGAGGAAGGAGGUGGUCACUUUAGUGUCUCUAGUCUGGGUGAAGGCAAAGUCACCAAGGUUGGAAGUGUGAAUCCUGUAGAAGACUUCCGUGUUCUAGUGAGACAGAAGAGUACCAGCUUUGAGGAGGUGAGUCACCAGUUAAUAAGUCACAUUGAACAGUUCUUGGACACGAACGAGACCCUGUACUUUAUGAAGAGCAUGGACUGCAUCAAAGCCUUCCGGGAAGAAGCUGUUCAGUUCUCAGAAGAGCAGCGCUUCAACAAUUUCUUGAGAGCCCUUCGAGAGAAAGUAGAAAUUAAACAAUUAAAUCAUUUCUGGGAAAUUGUCAUUCAGGAUGGAGUUACUCUGAUCACCCAAGACGAAGCCUCUGGAAGCUCUGUCACAGCUGAGGAAGCUAAAAAGUUUCUGGCACCCAAUGACAAACCACAUGAAGGUGCAGCAGCUGAACUUGAAGGAGGAGGUGACGUGGACGACCUACUGGACAUGAUGUAGGCCAUGCAUGUGUGGGGAAUCUUUAUGGUGCUGAGAACUCUUAACAGAGCAUCUUGGAGGAGUCCAUUCAGGGGAAGUGGAAGCUCUGGAGAUCGGCCCGGCGGGUUACUCAGAAGCUAAUCUCCCAAAAUCUCAAUGGAAUAACUACAUACUUACAUGUUACAAGGGUUAAUUUAGACCCAUCCAAGUUUAUAAAGCAUCAUUGUUAUUUUCUGAUUAGUA